CAGAUGCUUACAAUCUGAGCACUCGGUCGGGAAUUGCAGUUUUUUAAGAGUAGGAAGAGCAUUCUGUCUACUGUGCAGAGGAUGUGACUGAGAAGCAAUGACAGAAAUGUGAGUUAGACACUGGCCAGGAGUCUACAGGUUAGUAAGAAGACAAGGAAGAGAUAAAUGGAGGGACGCACGCAGGGAAUCUGGUAAGACAAAGAAGGGAGGGCCAGAAACCCGCAGGGCUCAGCCUCAGGGUAAAAUUGGGGAUCCUUGGGCGAGAGGCAGAGAAGAAGUGCCCCCUAGUGUCCCAAAGGAGCCAUAGCCCAGCUCCCAUGGGCUCGAAGCCCCGCCCAGCCCAGCCCGGGCUGUUCUCUGGCUCCAGGUUCCCUUGUGUCGCGCGGCCCUUAAGUUCCGGCUAUGGCGCGUGGGCGGAAGGUUUAAGCAGACGGACAGAGGCUGGAGAUGGGCUCCGGGUCUUCAGCGUGUUUCUUGUAAGCAGCGAGAUUUCGCGCUUGGGGCCGAGUUCUUUCUUCCCCUGAGAGACUUCCGUCCCUGGACCCUGAGACUUCCGUCCCCUCUCCCCGAGAGUUCCACACAACAAACGUUUUGGGCUCGUUUUAAAGGCCCAGACUGCUUGAGUGAAACAACCUUCAGAGACGUUCCAUUCUUUCGUUUACCCCGUGCUUACAACCUGAAAACAAAAUUGGAUUGGCACAAGUCGGCCAGGGCUGAGGAAGUGCACUUGAGACCUGACACAAAUGCAUCAGUCCGGAGAAAGAGCCAAGUUCCCAGGUGUCUGCGGAGAAGGCCAGACCGACAGCUGUGGUCACACAUUGCCGUGCUAAUAGCAAUUUCAUGGACUGGAAGUGCUUGUUGAUACUGGAUCCAGACAACUGUUUCCUAAUCUCUUAAGAGCAUUUCUCUGGUUGUAGCUGGCUAUCUGCACUCUGAGGGAGUGCUAGAAUUGUUCCAUCAUGCCCACUGUGGUGGUAAUGGAUGUAUCCCUGUCUAUGACCCGACCCGUGUCUGUCGAGGGGUCUGAAGAGUACCAGCGGAAGCACCUGGCUGCCCAUGGCCUGACCAUGCUGUUUGAACACAUGGCCACCAACUACAAGCUUGAGUUUACAGCGCUGGUGGUGUUUUCAUCACUAUGGGAGCUGAUGGUCCCCUUUACGAGAGAUUACAACACUCUGCAGGAAGCACUGAGUAACAUGGAUGAUUAUGACAAAACCUGCCUGGAGUCUGCAUUAGUCGGUGUUUGCAAUAUUGUCCAACAAGAAUGGGGUGGAGCAAUUCCUUGCCAGGUUGUUCUGGUGACUGAUGGCUGUCUUGGCAUUGGCAGAGGGUCACUGCGGCACUCCCUUGCCACUCAGAAUCAGAGAAGUGAGAGCAGCAGGUUCCCGCUCCCCUUUCCUUUCCCAUCGAAGCUAUAUGUCAUGUGCAUGGCCAACCUGGAGGAGCUUCAGAGCACUGACUCCUUGGAAUGCCUUGAACGACUCAUAGACUUAAAUAAUGGUGAAGGGCAAAUUUUUACUAUUGAUGGCCCCCUGUGUUUGAAAAAUGUACAGUCUAUGUUUGGAAAGCUGAUAGACCUGGCGUACACACCUUUCCAUGCUGCUCUCAAGUGUGGCCACCUAACAGCUGAUGUACAAGUCUUCCCUAGGCCAGAACCUUUCGUUAUAGAUGAAGAAAUUGAUCCCAUCCCUAAAGUCAUUAACACAGAUUUGGAAAUAGUGGGCUUUAUUGACAUAGCUGAUAUUUCCAGCCCUCCAGUUUUGUCCAGGCAUUUGGUCUUGCCCAUAGCACUCAACAAAGAAGGUGACGAGGUGGGUGCUGGCAUCACUGAUGACAAUGAAGAUGAGAAUUCAGCCAAUCAGAUUGCUGGCAAAAUACCCAACUUCUGUGUCCUGCUCCAUGGCAGCCUAAAGGUGGAAGGAAUGGUGGCACUUGUUCAACUAGGUCCUGAAUGGCAUGGUAUGCUCUACUCCCAAGCUGACAGCAAGAAGAAAUCAAACCUCAUGAUGUCUCUCUUUGAGCCUGGCCCAGAACCUCUCCCAUGGCUUGGGAAAAUGGCACAGUUGGGGCCCAUUUCAGAUGCUAAAGAAAACCCUUAUGGGGAGGACGACAACAAGAGCCCAUUCCCCCUGCAGCCCAAAAACAAACGAAGUUAUGCCCAGAAUGUGACUGUCUGGAUCAAGCCCAGCGGCCUGCAGACAGAUGUACAGAAGAUCUUAAGAAAUGCAAGGAAGCUCCCUGAGAAAACACAGACAUUCUAUAAGGAGCUGAACAGGCUACGAAAGGCUGCCUUAGCCUUUGGUUUCCUGGACCUGCUUAAAGGGGUGGCCGACAUGCUGGAGAGGGAGUGCACCCUGCUGCCUGACACAGCCCACCCAGACGCGGCAUUCCAGCUUACCCACGCUGCCCAGCAGCUCAAGCUGGCCAGCACUGAGUAUGCUGUAUAUGACCUCAACAUCACACCCCUGCACACAGACUUCUCAGGGAGCAGCACGGAAAGGAUGUGAUGCGAGCCCUGCAGUUCCUUCACACUUAUCUGUCUGAAAGUGAUCUAGAGCUAAAACCCUCUCCAGCUCCUUCAGCACCCCUCCUGAGAAGCUGGACAGACAGGAGAGAGCUCAGGAAGAAGCCUACUAUAAGGAUGUUCUUAAACUUCUGUGUUUGGAACGAGCAAUCUAGACGUCUACAACUUGCCUAAGUAUAAGCUGAUGCCAUUGAGUUUCCAUUUUUUCCUUAGACCUUGUUAAAACACAAGUGGCGAUGCUCAGGUACUUCUGGUGUAUCUCAAGGUACAAACUUUUAGACUGUAGCCACAAUAUGUGUCAACCACUCCUGUUCAUGUUUUAAAUGAAAAUUAAAUAUUUGAUUUUCUAUGAAAUGAUUGCACUUAGAAACAAAUGGGUGGGGUUGGGGAUUUAGCUCAGUGGUAGAGCGCUUGCCUAGGAAGCGCAAGGCCCUGGGUUCGGUCCCCAGCUCCGGAAAAAAAAAAAAAAAAAAAAAAGAAACAAAUGGGUGUUUUGAUCUAUCUUAUCCCUUGAAUGUAAUGCAGCUUCUAAAAUGUCAGACUCCUAAGAACCAAUGUUUCUUGGCUCCUGUAUAACUUCCUAGUUUCUGACAGUGAUCAAGCUUGGUACCUUGGCCAGGUUCUGGCCAGUGAUUCUGAGAGCACUGAUGGGAGUCAGGCCUUCCAGGCUGUGUCAUGACUGCCUUCAGCACUGCCUUAGGCUCCCACCAGAGUCACUGUGCCUGAACAAAGCAUUUUAUCCAUUUGAAAAUCAUGAGGUUAAAUAAUCUUUAAGCACAAGUCAUUAGGAUUUUGACUGUAAAUGUUUUAAUAGAAAUACACAAUCUUUCACUUUCUCAGACAGCAACAGAGGGGGUCCUAACAGCAACUAGAACAUGGGGUUUUGCACAGGGAUACAGCAUAGCUGACUGCAAAGCUGAACUGCUAGGUUUGCCCCACAGUCAGUGGAAGGAGCGCCAGAAGGUGACACAAAAACCGUUGACAGAAGCUGCAGACCUGGAAAAUACUUGGGUGAGAUGAGGUGUGUCAAAGCAGCCAGUUUAGUGCUAAUCCACUCUGGGCUCAUUUCAACCACACAAGAUGGGAGCGUCCACCCUCGAGCUCUUUUUUUCUCAUGUCACUUCACCACUUGGUUACAUGGAAUGUGGUGAAGAGACUCAAGACCUCUUGUGGUGGCCCUAAGAUGUGUAUUCUGAACCAGUUCCUCUUUGGGGGGCUCCCUGCAGGAAUCCUGGUGAUUUGCAAGCUCAGGUUCCUACUACAUACAGUUUUUACCAAAAACAAAACAAAACAGGCUCUGGUGGCUCUUGCCUUUAAUCCCAGCACUCAGGAGGCAGAGGCUCUGUGUGUUCAAGGCCAGCCUGGUCUACAGAGAGAGUUCUAGGAAAGCCAAAGCUACACAGAAAAACCCUAUCUUAAAAAACAAACAAAAAGGGGGAAAAAAAACCCAACUAAUAACAAGGAAAAAUAGUUCAAAAGAGUAGUCUCACCAGUCACUCAGAGAAAUACACAAGUAAAUGGACUGAGCUAGCCCAAGAAUUAUAGAUUGAGAGAGAGAGAGAGAGAGAGAGAGAGAGAGAGAGAGAGUGUGUGUGUGUGUGUGUGUGUGUGUGUGUGUGUGUGUGUGUGUAGCCCAAGACAGCGUGAAGGUGUGUCUGGCCUACUUCAGUGUCUGUUUGCCACGGGCCAGCAUCAUUACCACAGCUGAUUCCAGCCUGGCUCCUGCAUCCCUGUUCCCUUCUGACCCUGGCAGUCAUUCACAUUUGGGACUUACAAUCUGUUCUGCAAGUAAUGUUCCCUUCUCCAGUGUUGCAGGCAGUUCUGAUUUAGCUAGGAAUGAAGGAGUCAUGGUGCUCCCAGGUUCUGAUUGCUUUCUCUAAAUCACUCUGCCUCUUUUGAUGCCUGCUAAGUGCUAAAGUAAUGGAUGUCUUUAGCCAAAAGACAUCAAAUAGAAAGUGUUUUCCAGCCCUACUCUGACUCAAAAAAUGUCAGUGACCACGUGUACCCAAUUUUCAAACAGUCAGUGCUAUCCCACUACACAAGUGUCGGCUUGGUUAUAAAACAUACCGGGUCACUUGACAAUGGAAAAUGUAGUCUUGGUUUUUUUUUGGUUUUCACAAGCAGUAGCAGAAAGACCAAGCCCUAACUGUGAAGACAGACAAUGACUGUAGGGAAGAGCACAGACCACAGGGCCACCUUUGUCAUUAAAUACCUAAGAAGGGACUUGUCGUCAGGUACCAAUAUCCAUGUCAUGCAAGUACAGCACUAAGAUAACAGACAGUAAAUUCAGGAAUGUUACUGGGGAAAGAGACAGCCUUACUUUAAAAAACAAAACAAAACAAAAAACCCUUACAUCAGUACAAGAAGGUAAAACAGUAAGAAUCAGAUUCCGCUCAAACGAAGCUACCAAAUUUAUCCUUAGUGGAGUUUUUUCUUUUUUUGUCCAUACCGCCGUCUGCGCUGUUUAUAAAGGUGACGGAAGUUAAUAUAUAACCCU